UAAUAAUUUACACAAUUGUCUAUUUUUAUUUACUACUAAUUGUAUUUUUUCAAACGUAUAAAUAAGGCAUAUCCACAAUAGACAUAACAGUUAUCUAUCACUUAGAAGAUAAUAUGAAGAUUCUUGUAGUUGUUUUGACCGCACUCAGCUUGGCUUGUGCUGCUCCCAGCAUAGACCAAGAGGAUCUAAAUGAAACCUGGCCUAUCUACAGACCAACUGUUGGUGGUAGAAUCGUAGGUGGAGUGGUGGCCAAUAUCCAAGACCUUCCCUGGCAAGUAGCCAUUUUAAGAAACGGCGCUCAAAUCUGCGGAGGAAGUCUCCUCGCAGCCAGAGUAGUAUUGACUGCAGCUCACUGCGUUGCUCCCAGCGUCAUUUCCAAUAUUGCACAACUUAAUAUCCGUUCCGGUUCAAACUUGCAUAACAAUGGAGGACUUCGCGUAGCAACAUCUAGGUUGAUCAUUCAUUCUCAAUACCGGGAUUGCGAAAAUUGCGCCCCAGACUAUGAUAUUGCUGUUAUUCAUUUAGCAGCUAAUGCCAUAGCUACUGGUGUACCUGCUGCCGCUGUGCCUUUAUGGGAUGCCAAUACCAAUUUUGCUGCUGGAACCUACGGUACUGUUUCUGGAUGGGGCAGAACCGCUGAAAAUGGUGCUACUUCUGUUCAAUUGAGACGCGUUAAUGUACCGGUUGUUUCCAACGCUAACUGUCGCCUUGUCUAUGGAUCAAUUAUUUCUACUAGAACUAUCUGCGCUGGAUAUUCUGCUGGUGGAAGAGACUCUUGUCAAGGAGACUCUGGCGGACCGUUGGUAAUUCAAAACAGACUUGCCGGUGUUGUUUCUUUCGGUGCUGGAUGUGCCAGACCAGGAUUCCCUGGAGUUUAUGCCAGUGUUCCUGGAUUCAGAGCUUGGAUCAGGACUAAUGCUGGCGUAUAAAGCAUACUCGAUCUAUUUCCACAAUAAAUAAUAAAUAAUUAGAAAGCUG